UUGUAGACCUAUAGCAUAUUCCCUUCCCUGCGAAUUUUACUACUCUACCACUUGCUUGCCGGCCUCCCCGAGAAGCAAGCAGAGCUGUUGAGCCGACCGCGACGGCGAUGACCACCAUGGCGAGGCAGCGGCAUCCGGUGGUGCUCGCGCUCCCGCUCCUCCUCGUCGCGUUGCUCUUGCCGGCCUCCCUCGGCUCGGAGACGCCGCAGUACACGACGGUGCACUCGGAGUCGGACUUCGAGGUGCGGCUCUACCGCGACACCGUCUGGAUGUCCGCCCCCUCCGACCGCAGCUCCUUCCACGUCGCCACCAAGCUCGGCUUCCACCGACCUGACGUAAAUGCUUAUGCACUUGGGACAUUUAUCAGCAACAUGUGAAUUUAUGAUAUUACUAUCCAUAAGUAUCGAUAUCCCGAUCCAGCAAGCUCUAAACCUUUUAGUGCUGUUGCUGGCUGCCAGAUUGUUCCAAUACCUGAUGGGAGCAAACCUCAACUCUUCUAGGAUCAGAAUGACCACCCCUGUCCUGACAAGUAUCGUUCCAGGUGCAGGGCCUCUGCACUCCUCAGCAUACUUUGUCCGGCUCUACUUACCAGCAAAGUUCCAAGCUUCCCCUCCUGUUCCUCUCCCGGAACUGAACCUGCAUCCAGAUAGAUGGCCAAGCCACUGCAUUGCAGUCAGGAGCUUCUCGGGUUAUGCACGAGACAACAAUGUGGUUGAGGAAGCUGAGAAACUCGCCAUGAGCUUGAGUCGGUCACCGUGGGUUAAUUCCACAAACUACCCUAGCAAGAACGCAUACUCAAUUGCACAGUACAAUAGUCCAUUCCGCAUCAUUGGCCGUGACAAUGAAGUGUGGUUCGACGUCGACUGCAAACCCACUGGUGUUGAGACGUACUAAGAUGGUUAUACCAUGUGUCAUCUCCGCAAACCGAGUGUAAUGCGCAUCAGUACCGCAGAAGCCGUGUACAUUUUUGUAUAUACGUGUAUGUUGUAAUGACAAAUGACAAUGCCUAAGAUGUCUUUGAUGCAUCCAGCAGUGAUGAAGUGGCACAAUGGAUGCCCAAUGUAAUGGAUGUACUAUAUACUCCAUGUCACAAGCUAAACUCGGAAUUACCUUGCGUGCAAAUGUGUGAUAAUGUGAUGUUUCCACUGU